UCCCCGCUGGCGGCAUCGAAUAAACAGGGGAGUGUCACUUCAUCGGAAUUACGUGUUCCGUUCAAAUAUGUUUUCGUAAUGCAACAGUUUUCGACUAGACAUCUAUCGGCAUACAUGUAAAAUUUAAUCGUAAAAUCGAUAUGUAAUGACUAAAACUGAUCAACGGUAAAUUACAGUUUUCAAGAGAUAAAUGCAACGGAAAAAAACCAGAUAAACAAAAAUUCUAAUUAAAAUAUAUUUCAAUUUUGAUAUGCACCAAAACAUUCGAUCGAAUACUCAAGAAACGAAUAAAGCUGAAAGCACCGAAAGUCUAUGGCGGCCAAAGACCGGGGCGGAAACAGUGGCGGCGGUACCCGGAAGAAGAAACACGAACCGCCCCCGAAACCCAUACCGGAACAAGACAGGCACAUAUGCGGUCUGAUAUGCGUGUGCCAGCUCACGUUCGUGCUCAGUUCCGUGUCGCUGGUGUACCUGUCGGUGGCCAUCUACGUGCCGGGCUACAGAGCGUUCAACGCGGCCAUCGAGACGGUGCCGCUCAUGUGCCAGACGAUCAACUCGACGGUGUCCAACAACUGCGAGUGGGCGUCCUGCGGCGAGUGGUGUCUGACGAAACCGUCGGGCAACUGUCCGCAGUACAUGGUCACAGUACGGCAAAACGGCACCGAAAUCGGCGUGGAGAACUGCACCCGGCUCACGAGCGUCUCAUGUCCGCAGGCAAAUCCGGAUACUCUGAAACGGUACAACUGCAACAACAACAAAGAAUGUCUAGGCCUGACGGGCAUUAUGGCCUGUAGGUUGGGUCACUGUUCCAAUAUGUCAGAAUUGUACCAGUGUUACUAUAACAAGAGCGGACCGCUGGUCGACAGCGACACAGACAAUUUAAAGCUCAACGGUUACUUCGACUGUAACAGCGGGAGUUGUUACGCGAUUAAAUGGCCAUUCGACUGUGACCGAUACUGUAACAAAAUCACGACGACGGGAGUGAACGUAUUCCUCCGAACGGGGGACACCGUCUUCACGGGAGACUGUCAGCGAGUGGUGGCGUACAACAAGGCGAACGGUAACGCAGCGCACGGCGAACCGCUUGCGACGCCCAAAGAGAUCUGGACAGACGAGAACUCGACCAUUGGCAUAUUCAUGGCCAGCUGUAACACCAUAACGAAAGACAGCGGUAACUCUCUGAGAGCCUAUGACUGCAUCAACGGUACUGUGCUCGACGAAUCUCAAAUGCCGCAACUAUAUAUAAACUUCACGACGUUCUGGGCGAUAUACGAAGCGAGCGACCAGCUACUCGACGAGACCAACACGUUCGUGCCUGCCCAAUCCGCCCUCACCGUUUACAACUCCAGCAGACUGUAUAUCAACCAGCAAGGAUGUGUGAACACGUUACGUAACGAGUGUAGAGACUUUGGCUUCACGCAUGGCAGGGCCGGCGAAAACCACACGGCCCUCAGCCGGUUCCCGUGCUUUUAUACAAAAAACGAUUCGUUCUCGGCGUUGGCCCGUUUCGACUUGAACAAGACGUGGUGGGAACUGAUGGUGGGCGUCACUGUGCCCGGCAUACUGUUCGCCGUGUCGUUCUUGACGUUGCUGAUCGUUCACCAGACGGUUAAGGUGGGCGACGACGCUCGCAUGACUUGCCAGUGGUGCGCAGACGACGACGCCGGUGCCGCGGCAGAGGAGCCGUUCAUGAAGCCCAGCGACAAGCAGGCGGACAGGAGCGGCCGGAAGCACCGGAAACGAGGAGAGAUGCAAGAGCUAAGCGUCAUCGAAGCGCUGGUGGCCAGGUCAGCGGACAUGUCCGUUGGCGUCGACGGUAGGCGUCCGAUGGACGGCCCGGACGUGUAGAUGAGCGACUACGUUACGACGUUAACCGACAUGAUGAUUAUAAUAAAUAUAUCGUUUGUUAUCAAACUGACACGCGAAAACCGCCCGGUCAACACCGCUCCGCCGUCGGCAGCGCGCGCUCUAACCAAAACGAUAGAGCGAUGAAAAUCGGACGUCAGGCCGAUAAUAAUAAUUAUUAAUACGAUAUUAGAACAUUACCAUAUGUUUAACGACAAUAGUGUUAUUAUUAUUAUUGUAAUACAAUUUUCAUUUCGCCAACGAUUCAAAAAGCUUUUGCAAACAUUUUAUUAUUCGGACUCAUACAUAAAUAUAUAUUAUUAUAAAGCGUUAUUUUUUUUAUAUACUGACUAUUUCAUAUACGCCAAGUAAUAAAAUAAUUUAAGUAAGAUAAUGCGUGUGUCAAACACACAUAGGUACACCACGUAUAUAUUGUACGAAAUGUACAAUAAUAUUAAGUUAAAAGUGUAUACCUAGGCAAAUAUUCCGACCAUCAAAAAUUAUUCUUAAAGUUUGCAUUGAUCAGUGUAGUCUUUUUUUUAUUUAAAGACUUUUUGUAAUUUUUUUUUUUUCAUACAUUUCUUAUUACGUAUUAUAAUAUUGUAUUCACUAAUAUAUUUUUUUUUUUUUAUUACGCUAAAUAAUAUUAUAUUUAUAUUCAUUUUUUAUGUUUUAUCACGUUUAAAUAAAUAUUAAACUAUUUUCAAAAAUAAAUGUAUUUUAAAAUUUAA